CUACUCACUAUUCCACUAUUUCAAACAGCUGAUUUCCAAGAAAGAAAGGGAUCAUUCGGAAGAAAUGGUUAGCAGAUGACAUAGAGAAUAGCGAUGAAAUUAUAUCACACAGUAGCUGGUUUAAUCUCUCUUGGCACUUUUCAUUUUCUAUCAGUGGGUAUGAUAGGGCUAGCUUGUUAGCAAUUUAGCUAGCUGGCAACCCCGGCUAACGUUAGUGAUGCAAAACUGACUUUCGUUGUGUAAAAUCAAAAGAGGACUUCUUUGCGCUGCGAACCACGCGGGUUGGUUUUUCGUUAAUUUCGUUUCGUCUACUGAAAGUGUUUUUUGGUCAAAGCAAAUAUAUAGGUCACGAAAGUCUGCUAGCUAAAUACCCGGCUGUCUUAUAUGGGCCAUGGAACAGCUGGUUAGCAUUCGGUCUAAUGCCAGCUAGUUAACGUUCUACGAAUCUGAAUUUCAUUGACCGACAACUCGAGCUGGAAGAACCUGGUGUUUGCUACCUUUUUUAACAUUUUUAUUUAGCUACCUCGGAAACUGGUUAGCUAUAACAUAAGCUAGUGUAUGCAAACACAGGUGUGUGUACUUUUCGGUUUAGCUAGCUCGUUAGUUAACAUCAACCAGACAAAGGUUGCUAUCUGAGCCCGGGGCAAUAAACUAAUGUAGUGCGAGCUGGUAGCCAGGUAAUGUAACAUAGCAUUGUUAGAUAAGGGGAGACUUCUUACUCAUCGUAAAAUUAGGCCACAAAACAGAAAGCACAAAUGUAUUAACAAUGAUAGGCAUUGCUUCCCCCAGCCAGACUGGUUGAUUGAGUAUGUGAUCGCUGGUCAAUUAGAUAGCGUUUGUGUCGAUAUACCUCAGGAAUUUCUGGACCCGACAGUGUUUUCGAUCACACUGCUGACGUUAUAUUUUUGGUUUUCUGUCGUGACCUAACGUUACCUACCUCACUAAAGCCAAUAAUGGUGAUUCCACGACAAUAGUCUAAUAGCAAGCUAAAUAACACUGCUCCUGUUAUUAUAUAGCUAACAAGAUAGCUGCUAGCCAUAUCAGACAUGGUUUACAUUCUCUGUUGCAUGUUCUACAAGCAAGGAACAGAGUCACAACCAUGCCUGCAUAGAAUACUGAAGUCAAGCUCUCGGUUCAUGUAUAUGUAAUGCAUGCAACGCUCAAAGCGAGUACAGUAUUAGACAUAGCUCCCAAACGAACCCUUCUGAUAGGGGUUUGAAAUAGAAUGGCAUUCCAUGGUACAGGCCUGCAGCAGACAGUAUGUGGUAACCUGUUCCCCGGAUCUGAGUUGGGGCAUAACAAGUAUUUUUGCGUCAACACCUCAACUGGAACCACUUCCACGGGCCUCAGUGCAACUCCAAGUCUAACUGGACCCACUACCCCGGCGGGGACGCCUCGACACCCGACGUCUCUUGGGGGAAGCACCGGUGGUGGGGCAGCUGUACCACAGCCUCAUAGUAGUCCUGCCAGUGAAGUGCCAAGCCCUGCUGAGAUGGAGCCUGAUCGACCUAUCGGUUAUGGCGCAUUUGGUGUGGUCUGGUCAGUGACAGACCCUCGUGACGGGCGUAAGGUAGCCCUGAAGAAGAUGCCCAAUGUCUUCCAGAACCUAGUCUCCUGUAAGAGGGUCUUCAGAGAGCUGAGGAUGCUCUGCUUCUUCAAACACGACAACGUGUUGUCAGCGCUGGACAUUCUGCAGCCUCCGCAGAUCGACUGCUUCGAGGAAAUCUACGUGAUCACUGAGCUGAUGCAGAGUGACCUCCACAAAGUCAUCGUGUCUCCCCAGCCCCUCACCACCGACCACAUCAAAGUGUUCCUCUACCAGAUCCUCAGAGGGCUGAAGUACCUGCAUUCUGCUAGCAUCCUGCACAGGGACAUCAAACCUGGGAACCUGUUAGUCAACAGCAAUUGCCUGCUCAAGAUCUGUGACUUUGGGCUGGCACGUGUGGAGGAGCCGGACCAGUCUCGUCACAUGACCCAGGAGGUGGUGACUCAGUACUACCGGGCUCCUGAGGUGCUGAUGGGCAGCCGCCAUUAUGGCUCUGCCAUAGACGUCUGGUCGGUGGGAUGCAUCUUCGCCGAACUACUGGGUCGACGCAUCCUGUUCCAGGCCCAGAGCCCCAUACAACAGUUGGAUCUGAUCACUGAUCUGCUGGGUACCCCUCCUCUCUCUGCCAUGGCAUCUGCCUGUGAGGGGGCCAGAGCUCACAUCCUGAGAGGACCUCACAAACCGCCGUCACUCUCUGUGUUAUACAUGCUGUCGGACGGGGCGACCCACGAGGCCGUGCACCUGUUGUGUCGUAUGCUGGUGUUUGAUCCGGCCAAACGGAUCUCGGGCAGCGACGCCCUCUCCCACCCCUACCUGGACGAGGGCCGUCUGCGCUACCACACGUGCAUGUGCCAGUGCUGCUACUCGGUGCCCAGCGGGCGUGUGUACACGCGGGACUUUGAACCGCCCGCCGACCGCAACUUCAGCCACAGCUACGAUAACAGCCUGCUCUCUGUCUGGCAGGGCAAAGAGCUCAUCCAUCACUUCAUAACAGAGCACCAGCAGGGGAAACGAGUGCCGCUGUGCAUCAACCCCCAGAGUGCUGCCUUCAAGACCUUCAUCAGGUCUACUGCGUGGCAUUCCUCCAAAGUCUCCAGGAAGGAGGAGAGAUGAAGGGGAGUGUCAUUCAUGUACAAGAGGAAUCGUGGGAAAUUCAGUUUGAUAAAAAGAACAAGACAAGCUUUGGUCCAUAUAAUCGAGAGGCUUGGGUUUCUCUGGAUGAAGGGGAGGUGUGAAUGAAACCGUACGCCAGCCUCUCCGAGAGAAGAACAGUGUCUGUCAGAGGAAAUCCUCACUUUUAUUAAAGACUACAUUUCCCUUCAAUGAAAACUACAGUUCCCAACUAUGAAAACUACUAUUGACACUGGGGGAAGACUUGAGGACACCAACGCUAUAGGCAUUUCUAAAAUGUGCUGCUGGAUUUAAAAAAGGAAUAAAGAAAGAGCGAAGACUGGUAGAAGAGAAAUGAUUGGAAACAUUUAUUACUAGAAGAGUUGAGGUUGGUUGUGUUGUGCUCCAACGUGGUUGAUGGCGGAGACAAAGGAAUAGCUGUUUUAUUAUUUAUGUUGAAUAAUUGUUCUGCUCUGUUAAGUCAUUCCAGCUGCGUGCAAUAUGAUGAAAAGCAACGUGCUCCUGGCGAUACCAUACUCUCUUUACCUGUGCGCUCAGUGACUUAGGCAUGUUAAUGUCACAUUGAUGACCCUACCUUUUUUAAUCAUUGGUUCUAUUGAUUUGGUUUGAGAGUUUCACUGGACCCAUUCUCAAUAUCUUCGGUAAACUGGUCUUAGAUCUGCGCUACAAAGCAACCUCUGGCCUUGAGCGUGGCUCCGUGCUACUUCUGGGACUCGAGGUAGAUGGAGCCUCGCCCAUGUUUUUAAAAUCAUAUUAUUUUAUAUUUUAAUUUAUUGUUUGAUUUAGCUUCUCUGAGUGGCAGUUUGAGUUUGAGCACAUGUUGUUCCCAUGUACUGAGUAGUCAGCCAUUUCGGUGUGUGUGUGUGUGUGUGUGUGUGUGUGUGUGUGUGUGUGCGCUCACGUGUGUAGAGUUUAAGGGAAUGUGCAGUUUUCUACUUCAAUGAUCUCAUUACCUCAAACAGUUGGAGUCAAAAAGGGAACCCAGAGAGAGUCUACUGGGUAAAGUGUACAUAGAUCCAACUCAACUACUACGUACUGUAACGUGAUGUCAUUCCUUUGUACUAAAUCACUGUCCUUAAGCUCUCUCUGUCACUUGCCUAAUUUCUCCCUCUUGGAGAGAGGGAAGGAGGGACAGGUGGCGGGAAGAACAGCUUGUUGAAAUGUGUUGGUGAAAUUGCUGCUGUGUUUUGAUUUUCCUUUAUUGGUUUAUUUCCAGUUGAGUUCACGGCUCAGGUGUUCCGUUGCAAAGUACUGUGGACCCGACCACGCAAAUACACACCGAUUAUUAUUCACCAAUAACAUUGUGCCUCAAUUUUUUUAUUUAUUUUACCCACAAAGAGGAACCACAAAGCUCUGUGCGCUGAAGCUCUGACUGGAGCUAGUACUAACUAAAAUGAGGCUCCUGAAGACGCCAUACUGUGCUUGAUGGCAUUGCCAUCAUGGCAGUGGUCAGGCCCUUGUCCCACCACUUGAUGGUGCUAUUGGCAGUGUAGGCUAGGGGGUGAUGGGGAUUGCCAAAAUGUUUCACUUAAACCUGCAUGUAUGUAUUUAUGAUUAAAAAAAGGACGAGGAUUUGGAUGCAGUGCAAUGGGAGUUGUCGCCAUGGACAAACCUUCCUUGUGGUGAUGUUAAUUAGUUUUUAGGAAAUAUUUUUUGUUUUAAUGUGUUUUUAUUUCGGACUGUUUUGUGAUGUGAUUCAUUUAAAAAGUUUUUGGGGGUUUUCACAACUUGGCUAUUGUCUUUAGUAGAGAGUCAAAGCAGGCUGGGUUUUAGAAGAGCUCACCAGGGCCUGUCGCUCUCCCUUACACCCUCCUUUCUUCUCUCUAUCCCCCUCACACUGUCCUCUCGUCUCUGUUUGCCUUUUAUAGCAGGGUCGUAUUCCCUAGGCACCGAAAAGAAAAGACUCAAACUGUGAGGGACUACUUGAACUUGUCCAACAAGAAACUUGAUGCAAAUUGUGUUCCUACAGUGUGCACUAAGGAGUAUGACCCAGCUAUGCUUGAGGUAGAAGCCAAUAAGGACAUCUUCCUCAUUGGAGGAGCUUCCUCUGGCAGUUAAAUAGUUUAAAGCAGCUUUUCAUCCUCUCCUUCUUUCCUUUAUUGGCACUGAUAGACAGGUUGAAGCAAUGUAGUAGAGAGAAGCUCAGUUGGGGAUUUGCUUUCACAUGCCCAGUUCUCUUCAGGCCAGGAUCCAUCCCAAAUGGCAACCCAUUCCCUUUCUAGUGCACUACUUUUGAGGGUCCUGGUCAAAAGUAGUGCACUAUAAUAGGGUGCCAUUUGGGAUGUACACCCCUUACUGAAGGAAAGGAAGCAAGUCUGUAUCCUUCGUUUGUGCAUCAGUAGGCACGGGAGAGAGACUACACCUGGGAAUGUAGAUGUUAGAAAUACGGGAGAAAAAACUGAUACGUGUGUUUUUGAUUGUUCUGAAUAUGAAACCGAUGUUUUGAAAAAAAAAACCUUUUUUUUUGUCAUGAUAUUUUAGGAAAAGUCCUUGACUUGUGUUCCCAACAAAUACUUGAAUUUCUUAAGAAAACAACUAGAGUAAAGUAGUGAAUGAAUAAAUGGAUAGUCACUGGAUAAUA